AUGCCGGUGGGAAUUGAUCACAGCAAUAACAUGGAAAGCUUCCUUGUCUCAACUGGAGCUGAAGCUGGAGCUGAAGCUGGAGCUGAAGCUGGAGCUGAAGCUGGAGCUGAAGCUGGAGCUGAAGCUGGAGCUGAAGCUGGAGCUGGAGCUGAAGCUGGAGCUGGAGCUGGAGCUGAAGCUGGAGCUGGAGCUGAAGCUGGAGCUGAAGCUGGAGCUGAAGCUGGAGCUGAAGCUGGAGCUGAAGCUGGAGCUGAAGCUGGAGCUGAAGCUGGAGCUGAAGCUGGAGCUGAAGCUGGAGCUGAAGCUGGGCUGAAGCUGGAGCUGAAGCUCUGUAUA